UGUGCUGUUUAUCAAUUAAGAGGAGCUAGUGGGAAAGGCAUGCAGGGUAUGUGGUUGAUGUUAUUCUUGUUGGUGGCUAUUGCAUUUGGUAAUUCAGAUAUUGAUGCACUCCUUGAACUUAAGAAGGGUUUUCGAGACGAUCCUGCCGGACUAGUUCUCGAUUCGUGGAAUUCCAAGUCCUUAGAUUCUAAUGGAUGCCCUCAGAACUGGUAUGGAAUAUUGUGUGGUGAGGGAAGUGUUACAUCAAUCAUUUUGGACAAUGCCGGGUUGGUCGGAGAGUUUAAUUUCCCUGCAAUUGGUGGCCUUAAAAUGCUUCGAAACUUGUCUGUCGCGAACAACCAAUUCGAAGGAAGUAUCUUGCAAAUUGGUCAGCUGGAAUUGCUUGAAUCUCUUGAUUUGUCCCUCAACAAGUUUAAUGGAUUGUUACCCUCGAACUUUGUUGAAUUGCGAAAUUUAGUGUAUCUGAAUCUUUCUUCAAAUGAAUUUGAAGGUACUCUUCCUGUUGGGUUUGACAAACUUAGCAAGUUGAAGUAUUUAGAUUUGAACACUAAUAAUUUUUCUGGGGAUAUUAUGCAUAUCUUUUCUCAGAUGGGAAGUGUUGUGCAUGUGGACUUAAGCCGCAACAGGUUUUCUGGGACACCGGAUUUUGGACUCGGAGAUGACUCGUUUCUCUCUUCGAUUAAAUACUUAAAUGUUAGCCACAAUUCUUUGACUGGUGAGCUUUUUGCUCAUGAUGGAAUGCCUUACCUUGAUAGUUUAGAGGUCUUUGAUGCGAGUAAUAAUAAGUUAGAGGGUAACAUACCUUCCUUCACAUUUGUGGUAUCGCUGCGUAUUCUUCGACUUGAACGCAACCAAUUGUCGGGUUUGCUACCACAAACUUUGUUGAAAGAAAGUUCAAUGAUGUUGUCUGAACUGGAUCUCAGUCAAAACAAGAUUGAAGGUCCCAUUGGAAGUAUAACUUCUGUCACUCUAAGGAAACUUAAUGUAUCUUCGAACAAAUUGUCGGGUGCCUUGCCUCUCAAGAUAGGCCACUGCGCCAUCGUAGAUUUGAGUAAUAACAUGCUGUCCGGUAAUUUGUCGAGGAUCCAGUAUUGGGGUAACUAUGUGGAAGUCAUUCAGCUAAGUUCAAACUCAUUGAUAGGUACUCUGCCAAAUGAAACUACUCAGUUCUUAAGGUUAACCGAACUUAAGGUAUCCAAUAACUCAUUGGAGGGAGUUCUAUCACCAAUCUUGGGAACAUAUCCAGAGCUAAGAGAGAUUGAUCUUAGUCUCAACCGGCUUUCUGGCUUCCUCCUACCGAACUUUUUCACCUCGACCAAGUUGACUAAGCUUAACCUUUCCAACAAUAAGUUUUCUGGACCCAUUCCUGUUGAACUUCGACAAGGUCGAAAUAAUCCAUCAGUUUCUUCUAAAAAUUCUAGUAUGGUAUAUCUUGAUCUUUCAUGCAACAACUUGAGUGGGGUUAUACCUUCAAAAUUAAGCAAGCUUCGCAAUUUGGCUUUUCUCAAUCUAUGUAGCAACAAAUUGGAAGGUACUAUUCCUAAUGACCUUCCGGCGUUGCGAGGUUUUAAUGUGUCCUUCAAUAAUCUCUCAGGUGUUGUGCCAGACAACUUAAUGCAGUUUCCUGAAUCAUCAUUUCAUCCGGGAAACUCUCUGCUGAUUCUUCCGAAAUCACGAUCAUCACCGAAAGAUGCUUCUGACUUUGGUUUGGGAGGACAUCAGUCACAUAAAAAAUCUGCAAUUAGGAUUGCUUUGAUUGCAAGUUUGGUGACCGGCGCUCUUGUGAUGGCCUUUGUUGGUAUGGUGAUUUAUUACAUGGUUCGCCGGCAAAAAGAAAGGACUUCGAAACAAAAUGAAGCAAGAGGUAUAGUCCAAGUGAGUUCUUCAUUAUCAACCAGAGAGGGACCUAACAGAAAUUUGGAGGCAAUAGGAUCUUCUAAGGGUGGAUCAGCUGACGAUGGAGGAAACGUCGAUGCCUUGACAAAGAAGGCAAAAGAUCUUUGCCAACCUGAAUUAGUUAAGAACGACGAGGACAUGCUUUCUCCAAUGUCUUUUGUGUCAGCCUCAAAUCCUUCAUCGUCUAUAAGUCCUCAGUUUGAGAAUCCCGGUUCCCUCAGUGUAUCCUCUCCAGAUAAACUAGGCGGGUACUUGAAUCUAUUCGAUGGAUCUUUGGUGUUAACCGGUGAGGAACUUUCGUGUGCUCCGGCGGAAAUUAUUGGUAGGAGUUGUCAUGGAACACUAUAUAAAGCCACACUUGACUCUGGUCAUGAAUUAGCUGUAAAAUGGUUAAGGGAAGGCAUCACUAAAGGGAAGAAGGAGUUUGCGAGGGAAGUUAGGAAACUCGGGACUAUCAAGCAUCCGAAUCUGGUUUCUAUUCAGGGUUACUACUUGGGACCAAAGGAGCAUGAGAGACUGAUUGUAACAAAUUUUAUUAAUGCACAUUCUUUGGACAUUUAUCUCCAUGAGGCAGAUAAAAGAAAUCUCCAAUCUCUGUCUCUUGAUGAGAGGCUGAGAGUGGCCGUUGAAGUCGCACGGUGUUUGAAUUUCCUACACAAUGAGAAGGCCAUACCUCAUGGCAAUCUCAAAUCCACAAACAUUCUACUUGAAGCUCCAGACCGGAACGUUCGGCUCACUGACUACAGCCUGCACCGGAUACUAACUGCUGCAGGCACGGCCGAGCAAGUCUUGAACGCCGGUGCUCUUGGUUACAUGCCUCCCGAGUUUGCCAGAUCAUCAAGCAAACCAUCCCCUUCACUAAAGAGUGAUGUGUAUGCAUUUGGAGUAGUCUUGUUAGAGCUCACAACAGGGCGAAAAUCGGGUGAAAUAUUGUCCCAGAUUCCAGGAGCGGUCGACCUGACCGAUUGGGUGAGGUUCUUAGCCAGCGAAAACCGGUCUAAUGAAUGCUUCGACAGGUUCCUUGUGGAACAAGAAAGAAGUGAAAGAGCAUCUAGAAUCCUUGAUGAAAUGCUUAAGGUUGCUCUUACAUGCAUUCUUCCAGCAUCAGAGAGGCCUGACAUGGAAACAGUUUUUGCUGAUCUUUCAUCAAUAAGGUAGCAAGCAUUUUAGUUUCUGAUCAUAAAAUUAUUAACCACUAACAUCAUCAUCAUCAUCAUCAUUAUUAGUUAUCUAUGAUUGUUUUUUGUUUAAAUUUUUGGUCCCUUGAUUACACAACUCUCCAUAGGCAUCAUUGCAACAUGUCA